GAAGCGCAGGAGUGUCGUAAAGUGGGAUGUUUUGAGUGGGGAGGUCAUUGGAAAGUGAGGUUGUUCUGUACGUUUUGGGGAGAACAGACUGCUGCUGCUACCACAGGUGUCAGAUAUUCUGAUACCAGAGUAGCCUUACUUAAAUCCAGCGAAGUGUUACGGGGUCAUCACUUAUAAAAUGUUGCGUUUAGCGCUGCGAGUGCGCCCAUCUGCCAGGCUUACCCGGCCCAGUGUCCUCUCGGGCCCUGCUACUGCUGCCAGUCCUCGACCCGGACCGGUGUCAUGCCAUCAUCUCAAACGAUACCACUCCAACGGCCCGGUCCGGAUCCGGAGCUUGUGUCAUGGUCGGCGUGUGUACAACAGCAUCUUCAGUAACAGACCAUGGGUCUUGCGAAGCCAAACGGCUAGUUUCAGUCAAAGCAUGCGAGUGUACAGUCUACCGCCCCAUCAGAGGGUGGAACUGCCUGCUUUGUCCCCCACUAUGCAGAUGGGCACUAUUGCACGCUGGGAAAAGAAAGAAGGUGACAAAAUUAAUGAGGGAGAUCUGAUUGCUGAGGUUGAAACAGACAAGGCUACAGUAGGAUUUGAACUACUGGAGGAGUGCUACCUAGCCAAGAUUUUGGUUUCUGAGGGUACAAGAGAUGUGCCCAUUGGAGCUGUCAUUUGUAUUACCGUUGACAAUCCUGACCUCAUCCCUGCAUUUAAGGACUUUACAGUGGAUAAAAUGUCUAGCUCCGCCCCUGCAGCUGCCCCUCCCCCUCCAGCAGCGCCCACUGCUGCUCCUGCAGCGCCACAAGUUCCUGGAAGCUCCUACCCACCUCAUAUGAAGGUUCUUCUCCCAGCUCUCUCUCCCACCAUGACUAUGGGCACAGUGCAGCGCUGGGAGAAGAAGGUGGGUGAGAAGCUGAGUGAGGGAGACCUGCUGGCUGAAAUUGAGACCGAUAAGGCAACAAUCGGUUUUGAGGUACAAGAGGAGGGCUACAUGGCCAAAAUAAUGAUUGCUGAGGGCACCAGAGACGUUCCUCUCGGCACUCCUCUCUGCAUCAUUGUGGAAAAGGAAUCUGACAUUAGCGCAUUUGCAGACUAUGUAGAGACCGGUGUGGCUGCAAGCCCGCCUCCUGCUCCUGCACUGGUGGCCACCCCACCUCCAGCAGCAGCUCCCGCCCCAGCACCUGCCGCUGCUCCAGCCGCCCCUGCUGCUCCUAGGAAGGGUAGGGUGUUUGCCAGCCCUCUAGCCAAGAAACUGGCAGCCGAAAAGGGAAUCGACAUUGCCCAAGUCACAGGAACUGGACCAGAUGGCAGAGUCACCAGGAAAGAUAUCGACAGCUUCGUUCCACCUAAGCUCACUCCUGCCCCAGCCGCUGCACCUUCCCCUGCUGCACCCACACCCAGCCCUCCAGCCACCCCUGCUUUUGCUGCUGUACCAACAGGAACCUUCACCGACAUCCCCAUCAGCAACAUCCGCAAAGUGAUCGCCCAGAGGUUGAUGCAGUCAAAACAGACUAUUCCUCACUAUUAUUUGUCUAUUGAUGUCAAUAUGGACCAAGUUCUUGAACUCAGGAAAGAGCUCAAUGCUGAGGUGAAAGCUGAUAACAUCAAACUCUCGGUCAACGACUUCAUCAUCAAGGCCUCGGCUCUAGCCUGUUUAAAGGUCCCAGAGGCCAACUCCUCCUGGAUGGACACAGUUAUCAGACAAAAUCACGUGGUGGAUGUUAGUGUCGCAGUCAGUACACCUGUGGGUCUAAUCACUCCCAUUGUAUUUAAUGCUCAUAUUAAGGGCCUUGCGACUAUCAGCAAAGACGUAGGCUCAUUAGCUGCUAAAGCACGAGAUGGUAAACUACAGCCGCAUGAAUUCCAGGGUGGCACCUUCACUAUUUCGAAUCUGGGCAUGUAUGGCAUCAAGAAUUUUUCAGCAAUCAUUAACCCUCCUCAAGCCUGCAUUCUGGCUGUGGGUGGCUCAGAAAAGAGACUGUUGCCUGCAGACAACGAAAAAGGGUUUGACGUGGCUAGCAUGAUGUCGGUGACUCUGAGCUGUGAUCACCGGGUGGUAGAUGGUGCUGUCGGUGCCCAGUGGCUGGCUGAGUUCCGCAAGUUCCUGGAGAAACCGUUCACCAUGCUCCUGUGAGCAAGCAGUUUAAAACAGUGGACUUUAAGAUUUGGAGAGGUCUCUUUCAUUGGUUAUAGGCUCUCCCUGGGAAAUACAACAGGUUGUUCUCUCUCUUUUUUAUUUUCUUUCUCACUCACAUACUCUCUUUCAUAUACUGUACAUCACACAUUGCUUCCUAAAGCCUGAAGUAACCUCUCAACCCAAGUCAUUGUUAAGGUCAUUUUCUGGAGUUUCAGAAGAUAUUGCUGGACAAGGGUUUCCAUUUUCCUUCAGGAUGUUGUUACAAACACCGUAAGUCUGUUUGCCACUAGAUCAAAGAUUAAUGUCUGUGUCCAUGGCUAAGUCUUAUGGUCUGUACCUGACACAUUCAUUGGCACAAUAUGAGUUUUCUUUCUACACGAGAAAGAAUGGGAUGAAAUCUGGAGAUGUGUGUGCCAAAUAUUAUCUGGCUACAUUUGAAAUUUAUGACAAAUUAUUCUGUGCAAAUUUUUAUUUUCUGUAUUAUUGCAUAGUAGAAAUACAUUUGUUCUGUCACUCCCUGA